AUGGACCAGGCUCGACGUCUCGGUUCGAGCACGCUAAUUAGGCCAACCCCAGAAGUUGCAGGGAAAUCUUCCCCUGGCCCACAUUCUCGCCUCGGCCGCAGUUCCCUCCCAUAUGUACAGCAGAGCCAAUCUCAGCCUCAAGCACUCGUUCAGUUCUCCAGCUUUGUUUAUAAUAACAUAUCUACUACUCUUAAUAUCUAUUCAACUACCGUCGUUAUCACCGUCAAGAUGAAGUUCUCCGCUGCCUUGUUCACUCUGUUGGCCACCAGUGUCAUGGCCAACCCCACCAAGGUUGCUCGCGAGCCUACCCUCGUCGAGCGUGACGCUGCUUCCAUCACGAGCGUCCUUGCCGACAUUAACACCCAAGUUCAGUCUCUUGACUCGGCCAUCAACUCUUACUCUGGAGGCGACCCCUCCAAGGUCGAGUCCGCCUCUUCCUCCUUGGUCUCAGAGAUUAACUCUGGUGUCUCCACUGUCAACGGAGGAUCUGAGCUCAGCGCCACUGAUGCUCUCACCAUCACUGGCCCGGUUCAGGAUCUCACCAAGGAGGUGCAGACCACCAUUGAUGAUCUGAUUUCGAAGAAAUCCGACUUCGUGUCCGCUGGGGCUGGUGCCACUGUCUACGCUCAGCUGCAGAAGCAGUACACUGCUUCCAAGAACCUGGCCGAUGCCAUCACCUCCAAGGUCCCGUCCUCUCUGUCUAGCAUCGCUAGCUCCUUGUCUUCCGGUAUCACCGACGCCAUUCAGAAGGGUGUCGAUGCCUACAAGGACGUGGCCACCUCGUCCGCCUCGGCCGCUAGCUCCACCUCCGAGGCCUCCAGUGCUACCUCCGCUGCCUCUGCUACCGAUGCCACUACUGCUGCCACCACUGCUGCCUCCACCACUGAGAGCGCUGCUGCUUCCACCAGCUCCAGCCCCGUCAUCCCUAGCUCUCCCUCCUCUGCUUCUGCCUCCUCCACUCCCAGCGGCUCUGCCUCUGCCUCCGCCUCUGCUUCUCCUUCCCUCUACACCGGUGCUGCCAGCGUGGAGCGCUUCAGCUACACUCUCGGUGGUGCUGCUGUUGCUGCUGCCAUUGCCAUCGCUGUCUAA